CCGACCGCAGGGACACAGGGUUUACUGUCCCACCCAAUCGUCCCCCAUACCCACAUGUACUACAUGUACUGCAUGGUACCUUGCCUUUAGUUCCAUGCCUGGCUUUUUUUCUUCUCACUCCUCCCGCCAAAUAUAAUAAUUAUAUCUCCUUAAAAGCUACCACGUUUGCUUCCCUCUUCUCCUUCCCUUUCCUUGUCUUCAACCUCGCCGUGCGCCAAACCAACCAACCAACCCCAAGAGCCUUUCAUCAGUCCUGAAGGCCCUUGCUGGUUUUAAUACACCUCGACUAAAUCCAUUGUUGUCACUGGUUUGCAUACAACGCUCAGCAUGGCUUCCGAAUCGACGAGCUCCGGGCCUGUCGCCGCCUCGGCCUUCCCCGAUGGCACCAAGGACUACAAACCCUUACGGUCGACUAAGUACGACUUGAAGAAACCUCAUAUCACUGAAUUCCCUAUUACCUGGGGCAACUGGUACAAACAUGUUAACUGGCUUAACACUACCUUCAUUAUCAUUGUCCCUCUUAUUGGAAUGGUCAGCACAUAUUGGGUUCCCCUUCACUUCAAGACCGCACUCUUCGCUGUAUUCUACUACUUCAAUGCCGGUCUCGGUAUCACAGCCGGAUACCACCGACUUUGGGCUCACAGCUCUUACAAGGCCUCGCUCCCCGUCAAGAUCUACCUGGCUGCUAUGGGAGCUGCUGCUGUUGAGGGUUCUAUUAGAUGGUGGUCGAGAGACCACCGUGCUCACCACCGUUACACCGACACCGAGAAGGACCCGUACUCCGUUCGCAAGGGUCUUUUGUACUCUCACAUUGGUUGGAUGGUAAUGAAGCAGAACCCUAAGCGUAUCGGCCGAACCGACAUCUCGGAUCUGAACGACGACCCCGUUGUUGUUUGGCAGCACAGGAACUUCAUCAAGAGUGUCAUUACCAUGGCUCUCAUCGUUCCUACUAUGGUUUGCGGUCUUGGUUGGGGUGACUGGUGGGGCGGAUUCGUCUACGCUGGUAUCCUCCGAAUUUGCUUCGUUCAGCAAGCCACCUUCUGUGUCAACUCUCUUGCCCACUGGCUCGGUGACCAGCCCUUCGAUGACCGCAACUCUCCUCGUGACCACGUCAUCACUGCUCUCGUUACCCUUGGUGAGGGAUACCACAACUUCCACCACGAAUUCCCCUCGGACUACCGCAACGCCAUUCAAUGGUGGCAGUACGACCCUACCAAGUGGACUAUCUGGACCUGGAAGAAGCUCGGCCUCGCCUACGAUCUCAAGCAAUUCCGCCAGAACGAAAUCGAGAAGGGCCGUAUCCAGCAGCUACAGAAGAAGAUUGACCAGAAGCGAGCCAAGCUCGACUGGGGUAUUCCUCUUGAACAACUACCCGUCAUUGACUGGGAUGACUACGUUUCUGAGUCGAAGAACGGCAAGGGUCUUGUCGCCAUCGCCGGUGUUAUCCACGAUGUGACUGACUUCAUCAAGGACCACCCCGGUGGCAAGGCUUUGAUCUCCUCGGCUAUUGGAAAGGACGCCACCGCUAUCUUCAACGGUGGUGUUUACGAACACUCUAACGCCGCCCACAACUUGUUGUCAACCAUGCGUGUCGGUGUUCUCCGAGGUGGUUGCGAAGUCGAAAUCUGGAAGCGCUCUCACAUGGAGGAGAAGGAUGGCGCCUAUGUCACCGACUCUUCUGGUCAACGAAUUGUUCGCGCUGGUGAUCAGGUCACGAGAAUCGCGAAGCCUCUCGCUAGUGCUAACGCGGCAUAAGUGCGCUUCUCAGAAUCGAGAUAGUAUCUUCUGGCCGAGCUGGAAGGAAUUGGGUUGUGAGGCAUCGGGAAACGCCAUAGUCUUCCCAUUGGUCUCAGAUAUGAGUACCGUAAU